AUGUCUCAACGACCCGAUAGAAGUUCGCAGACCUCGUUCGAACUGCCAGACCCACCAGUCCACUUCGACAUCCUCGACGCUACGCACAUCAAGAUCACGGUCCCCGUAAACAGUGGCUGGAAAGUGCCACUUCACUGGCACACCGAUGACUCCGUAGGAUGCAAUCGAAUAACGGCAAUUGAAAACCGACUUGUGGUUACUUCCAAAGGCCCUCCUGGCAAAGGAUCUGCAGGCAUCGGAUUUGGUCCCGGAAGCUCGCACAGAUUCACAGCAGGCGAUCACCACAACUUCCGCCCGCGCACCAAGGACAAGGAAUGCGUAGCCAUCCUCGAAGCCGGCGCCUCGCAAACCGCGCUCAUGCGAAACGUUUGCGGCGCCACGCUCGACGCGGACCUGUACCCGACGCUCGCGUGCACGCCGUAUUGGAUCCGACUCCUGUACAUCAUGCUGUGGUUCUCACCGAGGGCCCGGAACUACAUGAUUGCGAAGCUGCUGUGGGUGCAGAUCCAGAUGAUGCGUAGCACGCACGACUUUCAUGUGGAGUAUGGGCGUAUCAACGCACCGUUCCUAUGGUGGUUGGCUCAUCCGUGGCAUUGGGAUGGGCCUGAGCCUCGGUGGACGUUCAAGAUUGAGUGGUGGAGUUAUUAUUUUAUCACUAUGGUGGUGCAGUGGGUGUGCUAUUGGAUAGGGAGGUUGGUGCUAGGGAUGAAGGCGGAGUAUAAGGAAUAUAUGCCAAGAGAAGGGGGCGGAGGGAGUGUAGUGAGUGAAGAUGUGCGGGAGAAGAUGGUGUAG